AUGAUAGUUAAAGAAUUGAUUCCAGCUUAUAAGUCAGUUACCUUUGGUAACAAAUCAUCUGCUGGAACAUUGCCAGUAAAAUUAUCUAUGGCGGACAAACAGGCUCUAGCCUUUGAGAAUAUAGAGACAAAGUGUCAAAAAAUUCCUUAUAAUCAAAAAGUGAAGCAAGAUUUGAGACGGAAGCUAUUCUUUACUGAAGUUAGUGAUAGUAAGAUUAAUAAGGCAUUUGAUAUUCAGAUUUCUGAACUCUCUUUAGAAGCAAUUCUGAUGGGAUUUAGUGAA